AUGUCAGGUCUGCACCGAUCUUCCAGCGCUCCGUUGAAGAACGGCCAUGGCGGCCUUCCUCCUCAAGAGCUCCUCGAUGACCUCUGCAGCCGUUUCGUUUUGAAUGUUCCUCAAGAAGAUCAGCAAUCAUUUGAGAGAAUUUUAUUCCUUGUGGAGUAUGCACAUUGGUUCUACGAGGACAAUUCUGUGGAGAAGAAUCCAUCAUUGAAGUCAUUCAGCUUGAAGGAAUUCACCACUUUGUUAUUUAACAGCUGUGAUAUUCUACGACCAUAUGUUCCUCAUAUAGAAAACAUAUUCAAGGAUUUCACCUCGUACAAAGUUCGAGUACCCGUAACUGGGGCAAUUAUUCUGGAUGAGACCUAUGAACGGUGCUUGCUGGUGAAAGGGUGGAAAGGGACAAGUUGGAGUUUCCCACGUGGUAAAAAGAACAAAGAUGAGGAAGACCAUGCAUGCGCUAUCCGAGAAGUCUUCGAGGAAACAGGUUUUGACGUUUCCGAGCUUCUUAACAAAGAUGAGUAUAUUGAGGAAAUAUUUGGACAACAGAGGGUUCGGCUCUACAUAAUUGCUGGUGUAAAAGAUGAUACAACAUUUGCUCCACAGACCAAAAAGGAGAUAAGUGAAAUUGCCUGGCAGCGACUGGAUGAGCUCCAACCAGCAAAUGAUAAUGUCAUAUCACGUAGUAUCAUCGGCCUCAAACUUUACAUGGUUGCUCCAUUCUUAUCGUCUCUGAAAUCGUGGAUUUCAUCACAUCCGCCCUCUAUGGCCCCAAGACCCGAUCUCCCUCUCAAAGGUGUAUCCAUGUGGAAAGCAAGGAACAGCUCGUCUGGAGGCAGCACAAGCACAGCAGUAAUGGAUAGCCAAUUGACCAGGCCCAAAUCCGAUGCUCAUCAUCAACAGCAUCAUCAUCAUCAUCAUCCUCUUCCUCCCUCUCCUCCCGACACGGGGCCUGGCGAGAGUUUCAGAAACUUCAGAUUCGACAAAGCUGCAAUCGUCAGAGCUGCUGAAGCUCGUUUCUCAUGA